AUGGAAUAAUUGAAGAAUCAGAACCUUUAGAAUGAAAAAAAUGAGAAUUCUCAAAUUCUAAUAAAUGUUAUUUGCAACAAACUACAAAAUAUUUGUGCUCGAACAUGGCAAAUAAAAGAUCCAAAGAUAUAAAUUAAGAAAAUCAAAAAGAAUUGCUUAGACAUCAAAAAAAAGAAGGACAAAAACACUCAAACUUCAAAAAUUGAUUAAAAUUUAAAUUAAUUUCUAUGUCCGACAUGUUCAGAUCUCAAACAUUAAGAAUAUCUCUCAUAGCUGAAAGCUGUUGAAAAUUUAUCGAAUCAAUUAGNUAUCUCGAACAAUAUUUUCUGCUUAUUAUAAUUUUUGUAAUUCUUCUGGAAUUUUAAGAUCUGA